ACUUGUCUAACAUCAUUGUCUCAUAGCUAUAAAGAGUGCGGCGUGUAAAGAGCAGUGGGACACAAAGUUGAAAAAAUCUGGAGUAAAAGAAAUAGGAAGAUUAUAGGUGCUUGGGAGGAAGGCUGACCUUACUGCAUUAAAAAAAAAUUGUAUUCUGUGCCUUUGUGUUAUAAGGUGAAGUGAACACUUGGGAUGGCAGAGAGGAUUCCCUGGUGGAAGGCUUUCAGCGGCAGGGUGCUGAGUAACAUCAUUAAAGACGCUGCGGUUCAGCAGGACCAAGGCUCGGACAGCAGAAGCUCGGGCUUCAUGAGCGACGGCUUUGACGCCUCACAGCUGGAGCCUGCGUUAAUCGAAAACACCUUCAGCCGCAACCUCACUGUCUCACGCUCCGGCCGCUUUAAGGAAAAGCGCAAGGUUCGUGCCACUUUGCCCGCCAACCCCAACUUUACUGAGAGCAACACAGCCGUGGCCAAGUAGCAUGCAUUCUAACCCUGACAUCCAGCACAGAGACUGAGGGCAGAGAACUCCGGAAUGAGGAAGAAGCAUACUUGAUUAUUAUCCAAAGCAUUUAAAACUGACGAGGUCGGGCAAGUGAUGUAAACGCUGCGACAAAGAGCUACCAACUCACGCAAUUCAAUAUUUCGGUAAUUGUAGUUAUUAGGGGUAAUUACAUGGGGUUGGCCUGUUUAUUCAAGAUGAAUUCAAUCACCUUUGAGAACAUGUGCCCUUCAAAUAUAUGUUUUCUUGUCACUGAUGGGCUUUGUCAUUUGACCUGCAAAAAAAAAAAGAAAAAAAGGAUUUUCAAGAUUUAAACUGCAUAGGGUGGCACAAUGGUGUAGCGGUUAGCAGUGUCGCCUUGCAUCUCCACUGUCAAGGGUUUAAUUCCCACCUUGGGUCUAUGUGCAUGAAGUGUGCAUGUCCUCCCCAUGCUUGGUGGGUUUCCUCAGGGACCUCUGGUUUCUACACGAAAACAAUUGGCGUUCCCAAAUUGCCCAUAGUAGUGUGAAUGUUGACUGGAGCUCCCACCAUGGUCGUAACCACCAUUGGAUUUCAUCCUCAUUGACUUCCACAGUCCCUUGUUGGGCUACAGAGGUUCCCAGAUGGGUGGAUGAUGGAAGUGGGCAGUAGAGUAAGUUUAUUGGCUUAAAGGUACGCUACAUUUACUACAGCUUCGGUGACAAGGAAAGGUGCAGGUACCCCAUUUUGUCCAGGUGUGUACACAAGAACACUGAACUUAAGGUCAGAAAGAAGACCCUUUUGAAAACCCUUUUGUGUGUGUGUGUGUGUGUGUCUUGUUGAUGUGGUAAAUGUUUAUUUUGCUAAAAAUUCUGAAGGCCACUUAUUUAUUAUCUAAAGUUUUAAAGUUGCAGUGCUUUUGUAACAGUUAAUAUGAAGGAUAUUUAAGUAUAUGGUUCUCUAUGAAUGUAAAUGUAAUGUCGAAAUCUUGAUGCUUUUCAUUGCCUGAGCUGGACCUGUGAUGUAGUGUGUUGUAAGAUCUUUGCAGGAGGAGAAUCCCUGCUUUUCUAAAAAAUAGGAGCAUUUUUGCACUAAUGGAUUUUUUUUUACGAUUAUUAUAUAAUGCAUUAAUAUUCACUGUCCAAGUGAUAUUUAGAAAAAUGUAGUUUAUGGUUACAUGACAAGGUCAUAAAGUUAUAAGCCAGGGCACCUAUUAUCACAGGAGUGUUGUUUACAAAAACUACCACUCUACACGAAAUGUUGUGUAACCUUCAUAAUUAAAUGGAAAGUUAUGUUUAAUAGCAUAAAGUAAAGUAUACAGUAUACAUAUUUUGUUUUUUUAAGAUAUGUUCUUAAAUUUAAGUAAUUUAUUUAAAAAAGAAGUGCUGGAACAUUUUAUUUGAUUUCAUUUGAUUUAUAGGGUUUUUUUUUUUUGUAAUGUCAUUAUACUUACUGGUACAGCAUCCUGUGAUUAGUUGAACUGAAGAUUUCCACUGUAACACCAAUUUAUCAUCACAUUCCUAGUAUGUAGCCUAAUAUAAAAAUAUAUUGCACUUCAAGUCUUGUCACAGUUCUGUAUUAUCUGAAAGAAUUAAAAUAAUGUUUCCUUGUCAUCCCUAUUAAAACUGUCGUCCAGUUAAAGCUGCAAUGGGUAUUUUUUUUUUCAUUAUUAUCAUGCAUUGUUUAGGGAAGCCAUUGUAGAAAUUUAUGCUUUAAAUAUGUUUCUGGUGGAAUUUGCCUCAAGAGCUACUGCUUAAGAGUUUUUUAUUAAAAGCAUGGGAACAUACAGUAAAACAGGAUUUUACGAAGCAAUUGGGAACGUGAACCCUGAUCAGACGGAAAAAUGCAUAGGUCAUAAAUAUAGACAUGCCACAAGUUAAUAGAUCACCUUCCUUGUUAAAAAAUGAAGCACAGGAUGAACUGGACAAACUUGUAGCAUAUUUUUUGUU